GUCAAACCGUUACAGCACGUCCUAAGGCUGGGGUUUUGCGUGUACCUGCGCAAACUAUCAGAUCUAUAUACCGUAUUUUUCCUUUAUCUGGCGUGAUACAUGACUGUGGAAUCGAUUCUCCGGCAAAGUUUGACUUCCGCUCAUUGAAAAUCGACGCAAAAGUCGCGCAAGUGAAUGUAACAUGUGAAAUGUCCCUGCCAGCAGCUCGACUUCACACCUCCAGCUAAAUAUCAGGAAAUAAGUUGGUCUUUAUUGAACUUCCUCACUUGACAACUGUCGACAGUCAGUAGCAGCGGGCUGCAGGGCUGCAACACGUAAACAUGUCGCUGAAAAACUGUCUGGAAACCGGUUUAGACUUCAUUGAAAUCCUGGGAGACAGAAUAUCAAACAGCAGGAGCAAGAAUGAACUUCGAGACAUCUAUUACCGUGAAUUUAAGGGCCGGAGGUAGGUGACAAACCGGGUCCUGAGAUUUAUAGAGGUGCUGCUCAUGUCCAAACUCUUACCUUGUGUGUUUUUGUCCACAGAAAAGACUUUAAAGAGCCCAGCUUCUCCAGUGUUCUCUAUGCUCUUGUGAAAUUCAACAAAGUUUACAUCAGACAGGGGACCGUCUUCAUAAAUGUUAAACCUCAGGUGGGAUGAACCUGUUGUCUGUCAGGAAACAAAUCUGAUAUAUAGAAGAUGGGACGAUAUGAUCUCACCUUUAACCACCACUUGUAGGUGCGAGUGUACUGUGACCAAUGGAGGAGGCCCCGGGCCCCUCAGCCUCCACACAGUCCAGACCCUGGCCCCUCGGCCCCCCUCAACCCUGUGCUGACCCCAAAGAAAAAGAUGGCUAUGAAAAUCCUGAAUGAGUUAAAGGUGAACAGGUAAGUUUGUUUGACUUUUUUCACCACAUAUAUUUGCUCACUGAAGGCGUCUGUAUUUAUGCUGCGAGCCUCAUUUCACUCAUUUCGGAGUCAGUCGUGUUAUAUAACAUCGAGAGCCUACCAAGCUUGUAAAGUCAGUCUUAAAGGUUAUACGUUUAGCUCUUAGUGUCACUCAACAAUUCAUUAUUGCUGCUGUAAAAGCAGGUCAUGCUCCCCAACCCCCCUCCACACUCUCAAAAGUUAACAGGCUUUUACUGGGAUGAAGGAAAUGAUUUUAAGGCAAGCUUUUUACAAAGUUGGGCAAUAAGAUGGGAAUGGAAAGAGAGACACGAUUGUCCUCAUUUGGCCCGAACUACGUCUGUGUUAUGAAGACUUGUACAGAUUCAGUGACCACAUCCCCGUUGGUGGUGUGUUUACACAGAAAUGAGUGAAGAGAGAGAGAGAGAAAGAGAGAGAGAGAAAGAGAGAGAGAGUCCUGAGAGAAAAGAAAAGGAAGUUAAUAAUGUUCGAGUUCAAUUUAAGAUGAUAAUAUAAGACUAUAAACUAAAUUUAAAGAGAAAUUUGUCCUUUUUUAUAAUCUUGGUCAAUAAUGACACCAUUAAUCCACCUUCUUCUAUCUCAAACAGCAUGUAGUCUUGUCUCCUAAAACAAACAUCAGAUCCUCUGCUCCAUCGAAGUUCCACUUUAGUGUUUCUCAGCCUCCUCCCCCUUAAUUAUAAACUGCUUUAUGCUGAUAUUUGUUGUAUUUAAUCAAUAUCCUCUCACUGUUAUUAAUUUCCUCCUGGUUUUAUCUGACUUCACCGAAUAUUGUCAAAGUUAUUCAUCAAAGUGUAAUGUCAGAUUUACGCCCUAAUGUAAUUAGUUUUUGAGAAAGUCUAAGACGUCUAAAAAAACAGAUCUUUCUGCCGUUGUUUCCUGUUGUAAAAUUUGGGGAAUUUGACUCUAGAAUUGACAAAACUGUGAAAAUGCUCAUUAUUAUUUUCAGUAAUUCAUCUUCAAAUGUCUUAUUGUGUUUGACUAAAAGUUUGUAACACUAAGAUAACAAAUUCAUCACCUUGUCAGACGAGACAUGGAGGUAAACUCUGACGUUUGAGAGGCCAGAAGCAUCAUUUUAAAAGGUUUUAAAUGUCCUCUAAAGAAACAUUAAUUUGGAUAUUUUACUGAAAUAGCUGCUGUUUAAUUUUCUGGAAGUGAACAAAGAAUUAAUGUACAAAUUGCUGCAGCUUUAGUGUUUACAAUGCAUGAAAGAUUACAUACAGACGGGUCUUUCCGUUACUUUGACACCAAUUACAUUCAUUCUCAGAGCGUAACACACAUACAGACUAAUCUUUCUGAAAUGACAAGAGGCAGACACCGAACAUAUAAUGAAAGUGAAUUUAAUUCUUGCAAGAAUGGAGCUCAAACAAUGCAUCAAGCAGGCACACAGAUUGUGGGGCUACAGAGUCUUUUAUUUUUUCUUGCUCUCUCAGAUCUUCGUCAUUAUUUCUAAAUCACUCUUUCACUCGGACUCAUCCUGUUGGUUAUGCUUCAGUCCUCCUCGCAUAGUUUCAGUAUCACAGUGACCUUCUCCUUCACCUUAUCUUCUCAGUGAACCCACACUCCUGGAAUUAUACAACUCCUGUGCACAACUUGGAGAGUAUUUUUCCAUCGAGUCAAAAAGGAAAACUUUGGACAUUUCUUUAUGCUUCUGAACUGAAAAUAAACUCCACAGAGUAAUAAUGAGGUUAUGGGAUACAGUUACUGUAAGAAUAUGGAUCAAAACUAUUAUCAUUUUUUUACUCCAGUGUUGUGACAUUCAUCUUUGUUUUUAUUCAUUAAACAACGUGAGCAGCAUUCAUUAUCAUCAUUGUUAUUUCUUACAAUCAUCAAUCAAUCAAUCAAACUUUGUUUAUAAAGCACUUUUCAUUCAAAAAAAUGAGACACAAAGUGCUUCGUAAUGAGUCAGGGGAAACAAAAUAAAAAUACAAAACACCGCCCACCCCUUCAACCCACAUUUAACACACAAAACACACACAAACUCACACACACAUAGACACUAAGUAAGGCUGUCCAACAGAUGACUGAGGAAACACUAGACCAAAGACUAAACUGAUGAAACUAUGAUCAGAUUUAAUAAAAAUAGUAAAUCCUUCAAAGUUUAUUUAAAUAAAACAGUCUUCAAACCAAAGACUAAAAGAAGAUCAAUAAAAAAGAGGGAAUGAAACACAAAAUAGUAAAUGAACUGAAAUAACGACAGAGGAAGUUUUGCUGUCAAAAAUAGAGAAAAGCAUAAACAUCUUCGCACAUACAAAUAGAUUUAACGUCAAUUUAGGCUCGUGUUUAUGUCAAAGGCUGGAUAAUUACAGGAAGAUAAUUUGUAGAGAAAAGUAUGGUUUCAAAACUGCAAAGUGGAGUUUAAACUGUCUCAUAAUAAAUGAAUUUAUGCCGGAGAAUUCACAAAUAACUUGUAUGAGCAGAUUUAUUUCCAGCUGUACCACUGACAACUAUCCUUUCAGGUUCAUCUAGUCACUGAUGGUCUUGUUUGCUUUAGUGUAUCAUAAAGAGACAUCACUUUAAAUUUCAGGAAAGGGCUGACGUCGGAUAAAGGAGGUAUUCAGAUCACUUCGGACCCCACUCCAUGUGGUGAAAAGGUCCAGUUCACUGUGGAGAAUCUGAGGGAGUCGGUCACCAUUAAGUUCCACAUCCUGAAUAAGGGCACAGACUUCAUCAACUUCACCUACUACACAGCCCUGCACAAGUUCCACUGUUUCACUCUGACGGAUGAGAGGAAUGUGACGAGAGCUCGUCCAGUCUACCUCUGCCCCGGUGAGACAAAAACACUCCUGUCCUCUCGUUUAAUUAAAGAAAAGAAAACACACUCAAAGCCAAUUUCCUGUGUUCUCUUCUUCUGUCUUCCUUCCUCAGGAGAAACCUAUGAGGUUAUCGUCCAAUACACGCUCAGCCACUAUGGGUACUUCCCUGCCACCAUGUACUUUGAGUUCUGCCCGGAUCUACAAGAACCGUUCUGCAUCGUGAGGGAGAUGGAAGCAUUAGCUAAGACCCCACUGGCUGUGGAUCUCGGACCGGUGGCUCCUUACAAACCAUUUCAGAUGGUCACAUACAAACCUGUCGACACUGUCGUGGUGGAGGGCGUCCCCCCUGACAUGUGAGUGAUUUAACAAAUGUCAGAUUUUCAAAAUAAAACUCCACAAAGAUUUUUCGGGUCAGGUGUGUAAAUGAAAAAAUAAACAGAGGUAAGCUCUCUGGACCUCUGCUUCUCAGCUGAUAUUGUGGUAAAGAGGUGUGAGGAGAUCAGCUGCACAAUGAAACAGGAUGUCAGGUCUGCAAAAAACGAAGCUGCUUCAUGAGUCAUGAGUCUCCUGAGACGUUCGGUUUUGACACGUCACAAGAGAGUCUGCUGAGAUUUCUUCAUAGGUGUCAAUUCAAGAUAAUCAAAGAAAUGUGGAUCUGUGAAACUUCAACAGGUCAAAUUCUAGAUCACGCGUCUGGUGGGUUCUCCUGGAGGACUCGCCAUGUUUGGUUUGGUGUUUCUCCGCUUCUGCGUCUGUCUGCACUGAUUGAAUCCUCCCCCGCAGCAAACAAACAGGCCGCCAGUCAACACAUUUGUCGUUGUCAAAACAUCUCCACCAACUCAGAUCACUGUUUAGAUAUUGUGGUGGAACAGAUUUGCAAACAUGUUCGAUUUGCAAAACCCACCCCUGCGGGACUUUCCAGCUGAGGACAGCACUUAAGUCGCAGUUUUUGCUGCUUUGGGGGCAGAAGUGAAGUGACUCUGAUUGAGAGAUCACAGAAUUGUCAGGUACCAGGAUUUUCCAAAAAGACUGCAAAAGAAAAAAACAUCUGAGGAGGUAGCUUUUAUGCACCAGAUUCCCUUUUUUGUAAUAACAGAAUCAUUUGAAUUGAAUGUAAAUAUAAUUGCAGUGAUUUAAUUUCUCUCUAAGUUUGUUAAAUAAGAACUUUAAAAAGGAUCUGCGCUCAAGGGGACAUUUGAGACUUAAGCUCCAGCACAUCUACGCUCCAUUAACUCCGUAUAUAAAAGACAACCUAUCUUCACUCCAGCCUGUGGUGAGAUGUGAAGCUAGAGACCGUUUCAAGUUUUGCACCUCAAGGGCGAUCUGAAAGGGCGAUCAUGUAGAUGGUGCCAACCUCAGACCUGGAGUGUCUGGUCUGACAGGAAGAGGAAGCUACAUCUGCCUGAGCUCAUGACCACAGACUUGGUUACCAGGCUGGUUGUUUAUUAUCUAACAGACAAAUAAAUCACACCUCCCUCUGUCUCCAUGCAGAGUUACUCUAGCUCUGCAUCAGAAAUGAGAAUUUUCUGAUGGGAGGAUAGUGAUGAAUGGAUUCAACCAAUCCAUAACCAACAAUAAUUACAAAGACAAGUCUGAUAUAUGUGUUUUUGUUCUUUCUUCAGCUCUUUUGUUCACCCUCUGAAGAUGAAGGUGAAAUUAGGAGACUACAAGUACCCUUUCUACCUGAAGGAACUGGCAAAACAAAGGAUGGAGGACUCCGAGUUCCUCUCUCCAGCUGCUCGGCAGAAAUUGUCACCAGUGAGGUAAGAGAGCAGCCGAGUUACAAACACCUCAUCUCCUUUUUUCAGUAAAGUUCACCUGAACUCAGCCUCCUCAUCACAUUUUAAUGUGUGUUUUUAUGUGCAGAGAUCUUCUCAACUCCUCCUUAACCAUGAAGAUAUACUCUCAGCGCUUCCACCUGUUGCUUCACCUGGAGGAGAUACAGAUGGAAGUGGACAUCAGGAAGUAUGACCUGAAAAAUCAGACCAUGACCCAAGACCCGAGAGACAAAAAGCUGCUCAUCCUCAGAGUAAGGAGUUCUCACAGCAAACAUCUGCUCUUUAGUGCUCCAGUGAAGGAAAACAGCUCUUCUUUGUGAUGUGCAGAAUAAAUUUAUGGAAGAUAAUCUCAGUAGCUGCGCUUACAUGGGCACAAAUAAUCGGAAUAAAAAUGAGUCAUGUAAACAUGUCGAUCGGAAGAUUCUGAUCCAGUUCGGCUCAGUCGGAAAGAAAUUGUAUUUCGAUCGAUUGGGGUGGUUUCUGUCGAUCAUUAUUCCAAAACGUGUCCAUGUAAACACGUAUUUUGAUCGUGACUCUCUAACCUGACUUAGUCUUCACUCUUUAACCUUUGGUUUAUUUACUGAGGUCAGAACAGGAAGUUUCAUUAUUUACACUCUAACCACAGGUGCCGUGUCUGCUCCUCUGAUAACAUAAGAAGGCGUACAAACAGCGUAAUGAUGUCACAUCUGUACACACAGUACAACUGUUGACAGAAUAGUAAGAUAAGUACGCAAGGGCGCCAUCUAGUGACAACAUUUAACGGGGGGGAAAUCCUGAAUUAGAUGGAGUGAGACACUACUGUGUUUGUUGGUUUGUUGACAGCACAGGAGUAAAUACAACUCUUCUUCUUCUUCUGCGAUUGUUUUAGCGAAAUCAGAAAACUCUGCGCAUGUCCAAAUGUUUCUAAUCACGUCCUGAUCAGAUUAUUUGAUUUAUAUAUAAACAGUAGAUUCAGAUUUUCUGAUCCCUCAAAUUUUUUAAUUGGAUCAAGAAAUUUUGCCCAUGUAAAUAUUAGGGGUGUCCCAAUAUGAUAUUGAUAUCAGAUAUCAGUCCGAUAUCAGCAAAAAAACAAAUAUCAGAUUAUAUCAGUCUGCAUCGAAAAUCUCCAAAACCAGCACUUCGAUACAAGCAGACCAUUUUAGACUCCACUCCAGCACCUCUAUCGAGCAGCGCCCAGAUCCAGCAUGUAGAGCCCACAUGAUCACAACAACAGUGUGGACUGAGGUACGAACAAAGAAGCAAGGAGUAGGAGUGAUGUCAGGAUUUUUCGUUAAAGUCAGAAAAAGAGGUUGCAGCUGAGUGCAAAACUUGUCAUGCAAAGUUUGUGCCAAUAUUGGAUCAAUAUCAGUAUCAGACAGUGCUGAAGGCUACAAUGUCAGAUUUAUGUCUGAAAGGAAACAAAGACGCAGAGUUGAAAAAAGCGUGGGUCUCCUCUCACAGGUUCCUGGUGUCGCUGAGAACCGACCGUCUGUACUACGAGGAGACGCACUGAGGGUGUCCAAAUCUGAGGACACCGUGGAGCCCAUCACUCAGUACUGCGGAUAUGUGCACCGGGUUGAGCUGGACAGUGUGAAGCUGGGCUUCGCCAAGAGGUAAAGACUUAGAUGAUACUUAAAUGAAGAAAACCCUGUUCAUGGUAAAGAAUCGAGUAUUCACUUUGCGCCUCUUUUCCUUCCAGGUUGUUGCAGAUGUUUGUCAGCAACAUGAAGUUCGACGUGGAGUUCACCAUCAACAGGUAUACCCUGAAGCUGCAGCAUCGUGCGGUGGAGUUGGCGGUCCAACAUAAGCUGGGAGAGGUGCUGUUCCCGUCUCUGACAGCAGGAGCGAACCUCCCCAUGCCUAAACUCAGGUCUGUAAACAUUCAUUCACAAAACACUGAAAAAACACUGAAAUAGUUGUAUCAUCGAACACACACGACCUAAAAACUUCACUUUAACCUGCGCAGAGACCAUUUUAUCCUCUUAUUGUAAACAGAGAAAUAAACAGAGAGUUUGUAUCUCAAGAUUUUUCUUCAUAUUUGCACAGACUAAUAAUCGAUCUCUCUCUCUCUCUCCCUCCAUGCAGCAUGUUUAACCGUCAGCUGGAAAACAACCCGCAGCAGUUUGCUGCAGUCCAGCGUAUCGUCGCCGGCUCGUCCAAACCUGCUCCUCACCUCGUGUUCGGACCUCCUGGAACUGGAAAGACAAUCACUCUGGUUGAAGCCAUGAACCAGGUACCAAGUUUUCAGGAACUCUAAGAUAAUUCACUCUCUCAUGUUCGCACUCUUUGGUGAAGAACAUCUUUGUUAGUUCUUAAUGAUCUGUUGGUCCUCUCGGUUGGUUUGUGAAAGAGACGGUUAUAUGAUUCAAUGAAGCAGAAUUAUUGAUCAGCUGUGGACCGAGCAUCACCAGCCUGUUAUUUUAGUUUUGCUGUUUUGUUUUUAAUCUUUGUUCCUUUCACUGGGGCUGAUGUAACAGACUCAUGUAUGUGCUGCUUAUCAAACAGAGAGAAAAUCUGUUUUUUCUUUCCUUUCUCUGCCGUAUUAACAAAAGGACGAUCAUUAAGAUCUCUUUCCACAAUAGCUCAGUGAAUAUUUCCAAAAAAAUGUCCUUUUUUUUGACACAUGUCUUUGCAGAACUCUCUUCCUCUGCGGGCGUGUAAGAAAAACCCCCGUAUUUAUCUUUGAUUUGUGUCUAAAGAGCUGCGAGCGGCUCAUCAAUAAAAGAUGAGACAGCUGCAGGAAAAGGAGCCGAUUUGUCUUCAAAGCUGAGUCAAAGUUUAGUCCAUGUAAACUGGAAGAUAGCUCUCAUGUUCUGGCUUCAUGUUUCCUUUUAUAAUAACAACCUAGAACUGAUGCUGGACUGUGAGAAAAUCCAGUUUAUUACACUGAUUGUUAAAGGCCUUUUACAAAUAACCUCUAAAUGAUGUUCAAGUGUCAUAAUUAACAGAGAAAUCUGUCCUACAGGCGUGUUUAAUGAAGGAAACAGUAAAUAUGUUUCAGUCUCAGAUGAGUUAGUCUCCUCUGUCUUUGUUUCCAGGUCAGCAGGGCUGAACCUUCGGCCCACAUCCUCGCCACUGCUCCUUCAAACAGUGCCUGUGACCUCCUCUGUGAAAGACUGAUGGUCCACAUGGAUCCUCAUCAAGUUUACCGCCUGUACGCCAGCAGCCGAGACCCCAGAACCGUCCCGAACAAACUACUGGUGAGUCUGAGAGUUGAUAUCUGUUCAGUUACAGCCAUCGUUUGGGGAGCUGUACCCAAAGUUCAGGAGUUCUGGCCACAAAGUUUGCUCUUUUUUAACCCAGUGUAGUUUCAUAUCUGAACAACAUCCUUCAGAAGAAUUUACAUGAUAAAAUGGAGGACAUAUAAACCAAAACAUUCACCAACCAAAGUUGAAAUUGAAGGUGUACUGGUUUCCUGUUUGCGGCUACAACAGUCUGAUAAAAGUCCAGUUUCUGCUUCGACUCUUUAAGGAAAACAGGCGAAGUUGAACUUUUCUUUGUUGUCUACAUGUUCAUGUUUUCAUUUUUCUGAUGCUGCAGGACAGAUCAGGAGAAAACUAAGUGAGAAAUUUUAUUUCUGAGUAUUUCUUCAGUCAAAUCUCUGAAUCUGUAGCAGACCCAAACGGCAGGUUCAGAUACAGUGAGAUUUCCUACAUCACAAAUCCAAGCUCCGCCCCCAGAGCCCCGCUAUGCAGACCAGACUCUGAAAAGUAGAGAGGAGAUGUGUGUUAGUGGAUUGCAAUUCUCGUAAGAAAGCUAAUUAUGGUAUUAACUUUCAUCGUGUCCACAAAGACAUUAGUGUCUGAGAGCUGAAAAGCUCCUAUGUUACCUGCUACUUCUACUACAUCAACAAUGCUAGGCUACAAGCUAGCAUGAAGAGGAGUGUGCAGAGCAGCGCUGUCUCCGCCCACGACUCAGAGGUGAAUUACUAAUGAGAUACUGAAGCUCUGCAGAAGAAAAUGACUCAGGUUACGUGAUUUUGGCUAAAACUUCCUAAACACAAUUUAAAGACCUCUGAGAACACUUAAAAGUGUAAAACAAUAUGAUCAGAGUGGGACUUUAAAACUGUCUGCUGUAUAUAGAUAGUUUAAAAGUCCUAGAACUGGAUCAUGUCCAGACCAGUCAUCAACUAAACCUCUUUUUAGGGGAUCAUUGAUGGGACCGAACAUGAGAGACUAAUCCUGUUUCUGAGAGACGGCAGCAGAUGAACUUAUUUCUGUAAAGUGAUGUCUCGUCUUUCGUGUCUUCCAGAAAAACUGUAACUGGGAUCAGACUCAAGACGCUUUCGUGUUCCCGGACAGAUCUGUUCUGAUGAAAUACAAAGUCAUAGUCGCGACUUUGUUCACAGCUGGCAGGUAGGUUUCUUCCAGGCGUUUUAACAUCUGUAUUUCGUGGUCUUAUCACACUCUCACAGCUCCUUUUGUUCCUGGUUCUAGGCUGGUGUCUGGAGGAAUCUCAGCGGACCAUUUUACUCACAUCUUCCUGGAUGAAGCCGGUCAGGCAGCGGAGCCGGAGUGCGUCAUUGCUGUUGCAGGUCGACUCUAAAAAAAACCUCAUUCCUUCACUGAGUCUGUUCUCUAACUGAAGAGUGGUUUUGAUUCCUCAUCGAUACUAUAGAUUGACUUUUUAUCAGCUCUUAAGGUUGAUCCAACUCUUCAUCAUGUUCUCAUUUCAACAGAGUAGAAGUCUGACUUUCAGCAGCAGCACUUUAGCUCCAUUUACCUCGUGAGUCUUGGUAUCAGCGUCACUCCUUUCACACUGUAAUAGAUGCAAUUUAGCUGUUGAGACAAAGGUCACAUGAUGGGGGAGGGUCUGUCAAGAGGCCCCUGAAACACUGAACAGGUCUCUCUCUGGUUAUUCUGCUGAACCUGAUCUGUGGUAGGAAUGUGAAGAAUCUGAGGAGUGAAUUCCCCCGACACUUUCUACUCUGUUCGUUUUCACUUCACAUGUUUGCAAACCUGACAGAUUUCUGCAGACGGAGAAAACGGCUGCUGUAACGGUUCAAGAUGGUCUCCUGAUUUUAAGAAGGUGAUCACACUGACUCAUCUGUUCACUGAUUGGUCGGAUGUUUUGCUUCAGGUCUGCUCAGGGCGGGGCAGGGUCAGCUGGUGCUGGCGGGAGACCCCAAACAGCUGGGACCCAUCGUUCGCUCACGCCUGGCUGUGCAGCAUGGACUCGGUGAGAUGAGGGGGUUUCAUUAUCUUAUUAUGGGAUGUCAUUUUCUUUAACGUAAAGGUCUUACAUGUGAUGCUGCGGUGUUCCUCAGGGAUUUCUUUGCUGGAGAGACUGAUGGACCACAACGCCUUAUAUCAGAAAAACGACUCCGGACACUUUGACACCCGGUUUGUCACCAAGCUCCUGCGAAACUACAGGUUUAUACUCCAGAUUUCACUCCCAUAUUUUCUGCUUUUAUCGAUCAAAUGUUUAGAGUGCUGCUGCUGCUGCUUCUCAUAUUCCUCAUUUUAUCGUCUUCUUCUCAGGUCUCACUCUGCGAUCCUGAAGAUCCCCAACGAGAGGUUUUACGACAAUGAGCUGCAGGUGUUUGCUGACCAGUGGGAGCGGGAAGCCUACUGCAAAUGGGAGCACCUCCCCAGAAAGGUGUGUGGACUAAAAAACCCAAUACAGGUGUCAUGAGCUGUAAAUAUUACCGCCAAAGUGUUUGAUAUACAGAGAACACAGGAGAUGCUGUCGAGUUUGGUUUGUACGAUACACAAAACAAAGAAGAAAGACCCAAAAAUGCAGAACUAAGGAUUCAUUAAAGCAAAAGUCCAACUAAAACUUGCUCUCAAACAAAAUCCAAAAGUCAAAAAACACAAGAAGCAAAAUCCAAAGAAUCAAAACACAAGGAGACAACUGGGGACACAAGCGUACGCUGACAUUGACAAACACACACAACGAACCAACAAGAGCAGAGGGGAAGACAAGGACUAUAUACACACACAAGGAAACGUGCAACAGGUGAGACAGACGAGACACAGGUGAGACUCAUGGGUGAUUAACGAAGGAAGUAAAACUAGACUAGAAACACGAGGAAUCAACUCCUACAAAAUAAAACAGGAAAUAAACACUGAAAACUGAUCAGAGAACAGGAGAGAAACAGGGUCAAACAUCAUUGAAUGAUCACAAGACUGGACUUCAGGGGAACAGGAACACAAAGAAAAUAGACUCCAAUAACAAAACAAUGAAAAAACUACAUUUACAGAACAUAUCAUGACAAUAAGAGCUUUAAGACGUGUGAUCACCACCAGCAAACGCUGUAUUUAUUAUCAAAAUAAAGAAAUAAUCAGCUUAAGAGAUAAUCUGAAUCAGCAGCUGCCUGAUAUGGAUUUUGAUGUAAUGGUCGUCAACGCAGCAGAGUCAUUAAAAAAACAGUGGUCAGAAUAUGAUAUCAUGAGAUUAUGAUGAGAAAUGUAGAAAUACUGUCAAUAUGAGAGAAAAAUCUCACUGCGGUCCUCAAACAUAAAAUAAUACAAACAGAAAUAAAAUACCAUUUUAGACAAUAAAACACACACACUCGUAUGUCUACAAUAGUUGUUGAAUAUUAAAAAUAACUUCUUUAGAAAUAAAACUUUACAAAGUGCUUUGACAGAUAAAGCAGAAUAAAAAUCUCAGCGAAUAAAAAGGUCCAAAAAAAUCACAGAAUAAAAUCAGUGCAGUAAAGAUUAAAAAAAGGAAUGCCUGUUUUUUAUGAUAUUUACGGUAAAUACUGAAACCAUGAGUGCUUUAUUUACUCUUUUUAUCACAUUUACUUUACUUACAUGAAAUAAUUAUAUCUAAGCUGCAUUAUUAACACUGUCCUCUGAUUUUUUACACGUAUUUCUACAACAUUUAUUUCAUUUGAUAGACACAGAAUCAGAUGGUUUGUAGAUCCUCUUAAAGCCUGGAUUUAAUCAAAAAACUAAUAUGUUAUAAAUGCUGAUUUUAAAUUAGAUGCCAGCAACAUGUUUUAAAGUUAUCAUCAGAUGUUUCCCUCAAUACAGACGACAAAGGCCAAGCUAACUCAAUAAACGCGAUGAAGUUUUCUGGUUAAAUGUUGGUUUAUAACAGCAAAUGUCUAUAAUGAGAGCAAAUUAAAGGACUGUACAUGUUGGGUGUUUGAAAAAUAAUAACAUCAAGUUAGAGGGAAUAAUGGGGAAAAAUCUCUUCAGGAUCUAAGUUGGGCAAAAAAAUAGACUAGAUAAAUCUAAACUCAUGAGAUCAACUGGAAAAAGGUUUUUGAUGGGAGCUCUCCUUCAGGACGGUAAAACCUGAGCUCAAAACAAACAAAACUCGGAGAGGAAGAGAGAAAAUAAUUCACUAAGCUGAUCGCCCACUUCCCUCCGACUACAGGGUUUCCCGCUGAUCUUCCACGGGGUGAUGGGGAAGGACGAGCGAGAGGCCAACAGUCCGUCUUUCUUCAACGUGUCCGAGAUCCAAGUUCUGAUGGACUACCUCACCAAGCUGAUCGACACUCAGGGAAAGAAGGGUCUGCCCAAACUGUCGGCUAAAGACAUCGGCAUUAUCGCCCCCUACAGGAAGCAGGUGAGUUUGCAUGAUGGUUCUGGGGAUGAGGGUGAACAGUUGGGAGUCGUCGAGCUCACGUGUUUGUCUUCUGGCAGGUGGAUAAAAUCCGGAAGGCUCUGAGGUCUGUCCCGGCGCUGAGUCGGUGGAGUGAUCUCACCGAGCUCAAGGUUUGGAAACUGCUGUGAACACAUCAGCUCACGUUGACAUAAAGAACAGGAUGAUUGUUUUCACACUGGUGUUCAUUUCUCUUCUUGGUGUCAGGUCGGCUGUGUGGAGGAGUUUCAGGGACAGGAAAGGAAGAUCAUCAUGGUCUCCACAGUCCGCAGCAGCAUCAACUACGUCAGGAUGGACCUGGACUUCAACAUUGGAUUCCUGGCCAACGCGAAGGUUCAUCAUAUCCUUGACUAUGACCUCUUAAAGAGAUUGUGAACAGUUCAUCAUUUCCUCUCUUUAUGCAGAGAUUCAACGUGGCCCUGACCAGAGCCAAGUCCCUGCUGAUCGUGGUGGGAAACCCUGUGAUCCUCAACAAGGACCCCGUCUGGAAGGAGUAAGGCCAGACUCAGAUUUAGGAAGUUUAGGCUCAGCCAUGACUGGAUGUCAUUGAGAAAUAAACUCGAACAUCAUCAGCAUAGCAACGAAAUGACAUGUUAUAUUUAUGGAAAAUAGAGUCAAAGGGGUUAACACAUGCAGAGGAAACAAGACUGGGCUCAGAGCAGAUACUUGAGGGACACCACAAAUAAGACGGUCCAUCCUCUGACCACUUAAGAGCGGUCUUAAAGGUGGGGUCGGCAGGAAUACGUUAAAGAAGUGUCUUUUUUGUGUGGUGUUUAAACAAAAAAUCUUUAAAUAUCAGUCAAUAGAUAUUAGUUAUUGAUGACCUUUUGAAAUAUAAUGAUAUCUCUUAUGUCUGUGUCGUCAACAUUUGAACAUUUUUGAGCGGUCCGCUCUUUCUGACUGUAAACAAAGCCGUUCUCCACCUCCUCUAACCUGAUUGGUCGUGAGGCAGACGCUGCUCCCCCGUGUCGUUCAGGAGCCCAAACAAAGUUAGCGUGCUACAAUAUCGGACAGUAGAAACCAACCAGAAAGUUUGGAAAAUUGUCUGAAUCCUCCUUUGGCCACAACAAGACACAAGCAAGAAAACAAAGUAAAUACCGGAGACUCUGGAGGAAUAACGGGCACUUAAAACGGAGGUAGACCGGACAAGAGCUAAAAAGCCGGGUCAACAUUGGCAUAAAUGCUUCUGGAUCUUGGUGACCCUGUAACCUUUCUGCUGGACAGGUAAACCGCUUUAACAAAGUAAGACAAGUGUCUGUAACAGAAGUGUUUCUUGUCAAACGGACCUGCUGUAGCGUGUUGUAGCGCCAUCGCUAAACUGUCCUCCCUCGGGUCCUGGACUAUGUCACUUUAUCCUCGUUGUAGAAGUCCUGCAAACAUUGUGUUUGCUGGUAGUCUGUUGGCAUCUACAGUAGCACCAAUGCUUUUGACUUUCACCUUGACUGGGCCCCAUUUGUAAUGAUCUGAAGUAUUUAUCUGCAUUAUAUCUGAAUUUAAUCGGAACGAUACGAGCGAGCAGGAGAGUCUGUUUGUGGGCGGGGCUUGAGGGGAGAGGAGGAGCUGAGGGGAAAACUGGUUUGGAGGGGUAGAGUUUACAUUCAAGUUUCAGAACUUUGACAUGGUUUAAAAACAGACUGAAACUGUUCAAACAUGACAGUUAACUACAAAUAUCUGCAGCUAAGACAGGGAAACAUUUACCACUGCAUUGCAUCACCUGUUUUCUGAACAACACGACCAACAUUUAAAACCCGGGGAGUUCGGCUUCUGGAGUUUAAGAAAUGAAAUAUUAUCUCAGUCUUACAGCUCACUGACUCUUAUUUAGUCGAGGUCGUAUCAAGCAGCUUUUUCUCAGUGCGUAUUUGUUGUUGUUUUUCUCAUCAGGUUCAUCAGCUACUGUGUGAAGGAGAAAGGCUACACUGGAUAUGACUUUACUGAGGCAGAGGGAGAAGACGAGCUCGUGGCGAGGCUGUUGACCCUGAGAAUCUGCAAGAGUAAGCGAAGUUAAACCAGAUCUAGAGAUGAUGGUUGGCUGGAUCAGUACACGGGUCGUCAUUUAUUCUCGCUUGUAUGGCGUGUGAAAAAUAGUUUGCCGCUGUGAGAAACCGUGUCUUUGUGUGUUUUUCUCAGAUCCUGAGUCGGAUGAGAGCGCCCUCCAGCAGCACAUGGACCUGGAGUGGAAGAACGAGCAGUAGACUCUCCGUUUAACAUCCUCAGCAGAGAGAAGUCGAUCUUUAGCUCCUUUCAGUUCUCAUUUUUCCCUCCUUUGUCUCGUAACACGACACUGUCAUCUUUAAUUUCAGAGAACAUCCUUUUUUGGAAACUUUUCCGAGAGCAGAGUUUUUGUUUCUGGCUCAGUUAAACCACACCGUCUUUGUUUUUUUUGUUUUUUUGACGAUAAUGCCAAAAUGAAUCCACCACCUUCUCUCUUUUCCUUCUUUGCUGUUGACUCUUUUACGUCGACUCUUCUGUUGCUUUCUGAGUGAAACUGCAGCCAAAGAGGAUUGGCAGGAAAGUCUCAUACUCUCAAACUUUAAUUAUGAUGAGAAAAUAAGGAGUAGUUUGUCAUACUUCUCAACAUUGUUUCUACGUACAAAGUCAGUUUCUUAAACACAUCAUGUUUUCCUGUCAGACUCUUACAGCCUGUUAAAAAAAUAAACAUCAUUUUCUAAUCA